AUGACAGGCCCGACGACCGAAAAGAAGUACCGCUUCACGCGCCAGGACUUCCAGCCACUGGUGACAAAGCCCCUGCACUUCGACAUGGUGUUCGACGUCACGGAAGCGAAGGUGAAGGUGACGCUGCAGACGACGCUCAAGCACGACGGGGCGCAGGCGCUCUCCCAGCUGAAACUGCACGCGAAGGACCUGGAGAUUCUGUCUGUCGAGCAGCUCGCGGCGUUUACGCCAUUGGGCGGUACGAAGGACUUUGUGACUCACGUGCAGAGCUUUGCCGAGCCCCGUGCGCUGGAGCACCACGUGGAUCAGGAGGACCACUUUCUCCUCGUGACGUUGGCCAAAGCCGUGGAGCCUGGAGAAGAGUUUGUGCUCCGCACGGUCUCAGUGGCCACCCCGACCGAGAACAUUCUGGAAGGGCUGUACUAUGACUAUACGCCAGAAGGCGCCCCCAAGACCAUUAUCACGCAGUGCCAGCAGCACGGGUUCCAACGCAUUGUGCCGUGCAUUGACACGAUGGACGCUAAGGCGUACUACACGACAACCAUUGUCGCAAGUAAGCGCUAUACGAACGUCAUUACGAACGGAGACUUGGCACCUGGAUUCCACACGGACGCGGGGGUGCCUGUGUUCCACCCGGCAGCAGAAGUGCUGCGCGUCGACGACCCGUCACGCCAUGUGCUUAAGUACUACAACCACAAGGUCAACAUGGCCCCGUACCUGUUCUUCCUCGGUGUAGGCACUUAUGAGACGUUUCGACGCACACUUGAGUUCCCGGAUGGAGACACGACGUUGUUGGAGAUCUUGGCGUUCCCAGGCUACUUUGAAGCGGCUGACGCUAAAGCAGCUGUCAAGAUGCUACACGACUCUGUGCUGUGGGUAAUGGUGAGUCUCGGCCCAGAGGCCUGCGAACACCAUGAUGAGCGGAAGCGUAUUUACGAGCUGCUGGAAGAGCGGGAAGCCAUCAAGAUGAAAGAAGGCGAACUGUGCCUCGGACCGCACGAAGAUGAUGUGAAAAAGCCGCUGAGUGACGCUGACGCUGCACGUCUGGCGGCCGUUCGCGCCGAGUUGAAGGAGCUGCUGAAGGUGUGGAACAAGACUGGCUACAAGUACUCUGGUGCUGUGUACCGCGAGAUCGCUAUGGAGAACUCGUACUACGGUGGUAUGGAGAAUGUUGGCAACACCACCAUCGUAAGUUCGUGUCUGUGCCCGAGUUGCCGCAUGGACGACAAGUCGUAUGAGUACAUGGAGCAUGUGAAAGUCCACGAAUACUACCACAACAUCAAUGGCAGUCAGGUCACGGGCCAAUCACCGUUUGAGAUUUGGCUGAAUGAGGCUGUCACGGUGCACAUGGAACGCAAGCGCGCAGCGGCUAUAUUUGGCAAGGAUUACGGUCGCCUAAGCGAAGUGCUGUACAUGUUCACUCCAGCCAUCGGACCGCUUGCUCAAGACAAGUCGGCGACAUCUCUGUCUGUCGAGCCACAGGGUUUUAAUCAGACUCAGGAACUUGUAUCUGUUGUGACCUACUCAAAGGCUCCAGAGUUUGUCCGCAUGGUGGAACUUCUUCUGGGCCAGGAUGCUUUCCACAAAGCACUUGACAUGUACCACACUAGAUACGCGUUUGGCAAUGCCACGAGCAUGGAUUGGAUCAAAUGCAUGGAAGAGUGCUCGGGACUGGACUUGCAAAACCUGGCGAAGACAUGGCUGAACCGCCCAGGCCAUCCUGAAGUUACGUACUCAACAGAGUACAAGGCGGAUUCUAGCGAAUACAUCGUAAAGAUCUUGCAGACGGGUUUUGAAGACAAGCCUGCUGAGAACAAUGGUCCUUGGGAAAUUCCAAUCGACUGGUCGCUUGUCAAAGAUGGGAUGUCGAUGAAGGAAGGCGUGUUUCUCAUGAAAACAAAGGAUACUAAACUUGUCAUCCCAGAUGUGGCGGAGGAGCCGGAUUUCCUGUCUUUUGCUCGUGGAUGGUCUUUCUUCGGCAAAUCGAAGCAGACGAAUCCGUCGGUAGCGCGACUCACGAAGCAAGCGCUGUCCGAUCCAGACGCUGUAAACAAGUACCAGGCCUACCGCAGCGUGGCAGAUAUCGAGAAGGCAAAGGUGAUUGAAGGACUGUUGACGGAAAACAAGACGGUGGAAAUUUCGUCCGAGUUUGUGGAGCUGCACGGUUCAAUCCUGUUCUCAGACGAGCUCACUCCUUCAGCACGGGCGUUGACGCUGAUUGAAUCGAAGACCAUCCCGAGUCGUGACGACCUGAGUCACCAUUAUGCUGCCAUCAAGGAGGCAACCACAGCCCUGUUGCAGGCGGUGUGGGCCAAGUAUGCAGCCAAAAUCGAAGCGGCAUACAACAAGCUGUGCGAAGCAGCCCGCCCUGGCCCGCACGUGGAUCAGUUUCAGGAGCGUGCUCUCAAGCGUCACUUCCUGCUGCUCAUUGUCGCUGGUGGAAAGCCACCUGUGCUUAGCACGACACCUACCGUAAAACCGACGGUGGCACCAUCCGAGCUGGCACUCGACCUGCUCAAGAAAUCUACGUUUGUGACGGAUCAGGCCACCGGUUUCCGCCUCGUUCUUGAGGACGAGAGCUUCGCAGAGCGCGCGGAGGUGCAGGCAGAGAUUUUUGAGGAAUGGCGUAAGACGCCUGACAUGCUUACGAAAUACAUCGGCAUUAUGAGCAGCUUGGGUGCGACGGACGUGGGCGAGCAGAUUCUGAAGCUCAUGGCGAGCCCUAGCUUCAACCCAGCUCAGUCCAGCCACGGACGGACGCUUUCACGUGGUCUGUCGCAGAUCCGCGACUUUUCGCUCGGCACGGACGAGGGUCUUGACGUGAUGGUGCAGGUGUUUGUGAAAGUCGGCAAGGUCAACCAAAUGUCAGCGUAUCCAUUGCUACAGUGCUUCGAUCACCUGGACCGAUUUGAUGAAGCCACAAAAGCGAAGAUGUUUGCGACACUACAGCGCAUGCAGGCCUCAAUCGACGAGAAGAAAGAGGAGUCGCUUUACAACCAGCUCAGCAUAAUCCUGGCGAAGAAGCAGUAA